CACGCCUACGACCAACCUUCUGUUUCUUCGACAUGACUAAAUCAAAUCGAUGAGCUAACCCGAGCAAUGCCUUUGGACGUAUCUCUCAUAAAUGGAUCAAGAGACUGGCCGCGCUAUGCCGCGUAGUCAUGCGAGGACCAAGAGCAACACCUCCGUUGGAAGCAACAAUACAUCCAGACCGAGGCAUAACAGAUCGAAGAGCAGCAAAAAGCUAGACUCGAUUUAUUCUGAUGAGGCGACUGUCGCUUUCAUAAAACGUACUCUUUGCGCCCAGCAACUCGCUGGUACAGAAGGCAACAGGGCACGGAACAUCUCUAAGCCACUGUCUGAAUCACUACCGCCUUUAACCAGCUCCAAUCAAGUCGACCUCCAACUUUAUGCUCUGAUAUCCAUCAUCAUCAAAGACUUCGUUCAGGCUUGGUACUCUAGAAUCACGCCGGACCAGGACUUCACAGAUCAGGUCGUUCAUAUCAUUGCCCACUGCACACGUGCGCUCGAGCAACGGAUCAGAGCUGUAGGUCUUGAAGCAUUGCUACUCGAUGAGCUUCCCGAAUUGGUCAACGUCCACGUUACAGCCUAUCGAACUGCAUAUAGUACAUCUCACACUUCACUACUUGUAGCAGAUCCGAGGGAAAUCUAUCACGCCAUCAACCCCCAUCCUGCCCUCUCUCCAGUUCCAUUCGAGCCCGAAUCUCUGGCGUCACUGGACCAGGCCGAGAACGAAGCUGUAUGGCGCCAAUUGCUUAUCCAAGGAGUCUUGUCUCAUCUGCUUCCUCCGGAAGAUCUAAGCAACCCACCUCUCAAGGUCUUGGUGACCGAAAUAUUCUCGGAAUUAAUCAUCGGCCGCGGAGUCUGCGGCAACAUAUGCGAAGGCUGGUUUAUUUGGGACAUCGUCACCAAAUUACUGGCCCUUCUUCGUCCUCCAGAAUCCGAUGUACCGCAACAACCACCAGCCAGUCCGAAUCGUCUCGAGAAAUUUGGGCUUUUGGCAGAUGACAGCGAUGAUGGUGACGAAACACCCAUUGUCACAAGACGAACCCCGAUGGACACUCUAUCCGGGGUGUUCUGGCAGGCCAUGCAAUACGCCUUCCUUGCCUUCACGACCAUACGCAUGCUCCUCACUGCUUUGUCAGAUGCUGCAUCUCUGCCUCCGCGAGCGAAUAGUAAGGAAGAAUUGACGCAUGUUGACCUAGACGACGGCGGCUCGAUACGCCAGCAAUCAACACACGACAGUACUACACGACCAAUUUUAGGGAUGUCCCUCUGGAGUUGCUGCUCGCAUUUGCUUUCUUUGGACUUGCAAAUGCCUUGGCUUACCACCAUGGGUGCGUACAUACAGUGGCUGUUGAUCUGCCGCUCAUGGAAGGUGGGUUACACCAACAGCAGAUUGGACAGACUUCUUUCCUACCACAUACGCACUAAAAUGCUCGAUCCCACUCGCCUACCUGGUAUCCUCCUUCUCGCCCGAACGAACAUGUUUCCCAACAAUUCGCUUGGCCCUGGUCGCGUGCCACCCACACCUGAAGAAGCUCUGGAGUUACGAACUAAAUGUGCCGAUGCCAUCCUCGCCGCUCUACCUCCUAUUAUCGUGAAACAAGUUUUCGCGCAUAGAGGGGAGGAAGAGGUGCAACGACAAGUCGAGGACAUGUUGGAUGCGUUCGGUGAUGCAUAUCUAAACAAACACUUGGUUGUGGGAAUAGUAGACUUGGUCGUUGUCAAAUUGUUCCCUGAGCUGACAGAGCAAAGCAUUAGUGCUGUACUGAAAAGGAACGACAGUGGAGAGGAAGUUCGAGUCUAGAAAAUAUUUGCUUGCCGAGAAGAAAGCAUAAUCUGCACUUUGCCAAAUAUGAACAUGAGUUAAUAAUAAACCGAGAUAAAUGAGCAGAAUCGAGAUAGGGAAAACCCUUUCGCCAUCCAUAAUACAAAAUGC